CAGCAGGUAACCCACUUCAAACAGUAAGGUAAUUGAUUCCGUUUCCAAGGUGAUCGGCACCAUGACGUCUGUGAACUUCAUUUUACUCCUCUCUGUGUGUGUCAUGAGUUCUGCUUCAGGCUAUGCAAUUCCAGAGAUCAUUGUAGGCCUACAGCCUGAUAACAGCACUGAUGCUCUCUCCGUUCAUGAGCUCAUUGUCCAGUCUAACGGAUGGACGGGACUCUCCAGCUAUUCAGGAGCUCCUGUUUAGUGCUGGGAGGUCAUCUGGCAUCUGUGCAGUGUUACAGAACAUUACUUCCUUCAAGAACUAAUGUUGGCGAACGCUCAAGGUUCACCAGUCGCUUGGAUUGGGGGUUCGGAUGCCCAGCAGGAUGGAAUCUGGUUUUGGAGUGAUGGGUCCAGAUUUGCAUUCACCCUCUGGGGUACAGGUGAAACCAAUAACUGGAUGACACCAGAGUCCUGUCUUCAGAUGAAUGCAAAAGGCAACUCAAAACUCAAAACUCUAAGACACCUGAUACCUUUCCCAAGGAGGUUGGCACCAUGACGUCUGUGGCUUCCAUUUUACUCCUCUCUGUGUGUGCCAUGAGUUCUGCUUCAGAGCUCAUUGUCCAGUCUGAGACCAGGACUGAGGACUCCUCAGCCCUUCGAGGAAGUUGUCCUAAGGAUUGGGAACUAUUCGAUCAGCGCUGCUUCAGAUUUAUUAGCACAGCAAGGACAUGGGCAGAGGCAGAGCGCUUCUGUUUACUGCUGGGAGGUCAUCUGGCAUCUGUGCACAGUGUUGCAGAAUAUCACUUCAUUCAAGGACUAAUAGUGACACAAACUCAUGAUUCAACUGCCUCUUGGAUUGGGGGUUCGGACGCCCAGCAGAACGGAAUCUGGUUUUGGAGUGAUGGGUCUAGAUUUACAUUCACCCUCUGGAAUCCAGGUGAACCCAAUAACGGUAAUGGUGGUGAGCAGUGUCUUCACAUGAAUUGGGGAGAGCUCAUUGUCCAGUCUAAGAACACGACUGAUGACUCUCUAGCCAUUCAGGUUUACUCAGGAACUUGUCCAGUGGGCUGGGAACUAUACAAUCAGCACUGCUUCAGAUUUAUCAGCUCUUUGAAGACAUGGGACGAGGCAGAGGAGGGAUUCUGGUUUUGGAGUGAUGGGUCCAGAUUUGCAUUCACCUACUGGAACUCACCCAUUCAACCUGAUAACGCCGGUGGUGCCGAGCACUGUCUUCACAUGAAUGCGGGAGGAGGUCUGCUUUGGAACGACUAUCCCUGUUCAAAUGCACUUCCAUCUGUUUGUGCAAGAUCAUAAUAUGUCCACUGGUUGUCAUGGCAGUUGUGG